AUGUCAAUUCGAUGUGGAACAUCUUUUGUUUGCAUUUGGAACACCUUUUGCGACGAACCUGAGCAAAGGCCGGAGGGGCCUCGUCCGCUCAGGUCUGCCAUUGAGGUGAACCGAUUGGAGUUGGUUUUGAGGGAUAUGCUGCGGAGGAAUGAGAUUACGAAGGAGGAGAGGAAAGUCAUCCAGUUAUGCAUUCAGAAGUUGAAGGAGCUCGUGCGGCAGCUGGGGGAGUUUUGGGAGCUCCACGCGAUUGGCAGCGCGGCCACUGGUUUCAGCGCCACGUCCGGUGACCUCGACGUCACUUGUUUUCACAGUUCCGUUGGCAUGCAAGAUAGUGUUUUGGCCACACGAGAGUUGAAGAUGAAGUUGAUGCCACUGGUCCGGAUGGAGCCCAGUGUGGAGCUGAUCGAGGAGAGUUGGAAUCAACAAAUUCCAAGCUUGAAGCUUCGCUUUGCUGGCUGCCUAAACGUGGACCUCUCCUGUCACAACGUGGAUGGCUUGCAGAACACACUGUUUUUGAAGGCCUACUCCAACAUGAGCCCUUUGGUGAAGCAGCUCGUGGUGUGUAUUAAGCUCUGGGCAAAGGGAAGCCAGCUUUGUGGUGCUUUAUCGCAUCAUCUGUCCUCGUAUGCAUUCUCCCUUAUGGUCAUCUUCUUCUUGCAGGUGCACCCAAACUGGCGACUACCAGUUCUUCCUACCAUGGGCUUUGGUCCUGAUUGGGUUUUGGAUGAUGUCAAAACGACGAAAUGGACUCCUCCCGUCAAUUUCGUCAAUUGUCUCUCGCAGAUGAUUUGCGAUUUCUUCAGCUUUUACGCGGUUGACUAUGCCUGGGCUGAAGAGGUCAUGUCAGUCCGACUUGGCCGAAGGGCCUUUGCCCGAGAGCCGAGUUUUCGAGCAUUGGCGGGUGUGACUGCGCGGCGGCUGCACAUUGAGGACCCUUUCUUAAUUGACAGGAACCUUAAUUGUACAUUGGGCUACGAGCAGGAAGCACUACUCAAAGUGCAAUUUUUCUCCACAUACACAGCGUUGCAGAACGGCCAAAUCCCUUCAGUCUUCCUCUCUGCUCAAACCAAAGGACCGGGCAAAUCAGCUCCUAGACCUCCUCCCCCUCCGCUCCACGAGCCUGGGGCUUUGCGGAAUGAGCCCGGUGCACAGAACAUGAUUUUCUUGACACCCGAAGGACCUCAAGCAACAGAGGUUCCGAAGCCUUCAUUCCUGAAGUCAUGA